AUGCGCGCGCGUUCGGAGCCCCAGCGGCCGCCGUGUUCCUCCUCGGGGGCUUGUGUCGGGGCCUGUGUCGCGGUGUGUGCCCAGGGCCCCAGCCAGUGCCCAGCCCCGCUGGGAGCCCCGGCCAGCACCACGGACGGCACCCAGGAAGCCCGAGUUCCCCUGGACGGGGCCUUCUGGAUCCCGAGGCCCCCGGCAGCUUCGCCCAAGGGCUGCUUCGCCUGCGUGUCCAAGCCCCCCGCCCUGCAGGCUCCAGUGGCCACCGGCCCUGAGCCCUCAGCCUCACCCCCCAUGGCACCCACCCUGUUCCCCAUGGAGUCCAAGAGCAGCAAGACAGACAGCGUGCGGGCCACCAGCGCCCCCCAGGCCUGCAAGCACCUAGCAGAGAAGAAGACCAUGACAAACCCCACGACGGUCAUCGAGGUCUACCCGGACACCACGGAGGUGAACGACUACUACCUGUGGUCCAUCUUCAACUUCGUCUACCUCAACUUCUGCUGCCUGGGCUUCAUCGCCCUGGCCUACUCCCUCAAAGUUCGGGACAAGAAACUUCUCAACGACCUGAACGGAGCAGUGGAGGACGCCAAGACCGCUCGGCUGUUCAACAUCACCAGCUCUGCCCUGGCGGCCUCCUGCAUCAUCCUCAUCUUCAUCUUCCUGCGGUACCCGCUCACCGACUACUGA